UUUUUUAUUUUUUACAUUCUAUUAAACCCCGCAAACUCAGCCUAUUGUAAUCCCUACACGCAUCCCUAAGUACAUCCCCUUAUACUAAAACUUCAAAAAUGGAUUUAUCGAGUAUGCUGAAUGAUUCUGUGCCGAAGGCUACAGUUCAUUCUUCUAACCCUGUUACAGCAACUUCAAUUAGUAAUACUUCUAACACAAAUUAUGAUAUGCCAUAUAACAAAGGCCGUUUAUCUAUUUCUCAGAUAUCAUCUAAUAAUAGCGAUCAACGUACUUUUUUAUCAGCGUAUAACCCCUCUACUUCCCCUCCCCCUCCUCCUCCUCCUACUACUAUUUCUACUACAAAUCCUCAAGCUAAAGAAAAAACUAUGGUAUACCAAUUAAGUACAUCUUUACAUUAUCUUAUAGCCAAAGACGGUACUGCUACCAAUUCUUUAAAGCAACAACAAACUAUACCAAAUAAUCAUAACCCUAACGUACCACCUCCACAUCCUCCAUUGCCUUUGAAUAAUUAUAUCCCACCUCAGACUAAUUCUAAUUUAUUAUCUUCUCCUUUUCGAAAUAAAGCUGAGGAAAUUAAUGUUCCUACCACGUCUAUUACCGAUAAUUCAUCUUGUCUUCGACUAGGAACUGCUGUAAGUCAUAACCCUAAACUUUGGAAUCCUAGACUAUCUCUUCGCUUGGUAAUGAAAGAUCAACCUAUGACUUUACGUCCUACUAAAAGAACUAAAUUGGAUAAAGAUUCAAAAGAUGGCAAUAGUAAUUUAGAAGUAUCCUUAAUACCCCAUGAGGUUAUUAUUCGUGGUGAUGAGCCGAAAGUUUUAUUAGAAGAUAUAUAUGAAAUCCAGGGUGCUUAUCCACGUGGAUUCUUUGUAAUGAUAGCAAAAAGAAAUAUAUUACACAGCUUUGUAUUUAAUUAUCCCGAUCAUCCUUGGUUUGAAGAUCUCUAUGGAUUGAGAAAAAGUGCUUAUAUCGGAAUGCGUACAGAAGAAGGCGAACUCUAUGAAUUACACUUGAAACCAUCUAGAGAUAAAAUGUUCUUGUUUGGUUAUAUGAUUAAACAUGUAGAUAUGAUUCGUAUUGUAAAAGAAUCAAUGAACGAAUUGAUAUAUCAUCGUAAAUUACCUCUUGUGCUUGAUUUAGAUGACACCUUAGUUCGUUUAGUUGGUGAAGGGAAUGAGCGAUAUGUAAAAGAAGCAGAUAUACCCAAAUGUAGAGAACGAGUGGCUGUAUUGAAAGAUAAUCGAAGGGUUGUUUUAACUGAAAGAGUACAUGAAUUUCUUGAUUGGGCACAAAAUUUUUAUGUAAUUUCUGUCUGUUCAUUAGGCGAUCAAAAUUAUGUUGAAAACGUUGUUAAAGUUUUAGAUCCUCAAGGUACACGUAUUCGAGGAAUCCUAUACUCUGCCCGUAAUGAACAUGAUUACAUUAAAAAAUCUCCCGAUCCAAGUCGACCACCGAAAGAUUUAUUAGCUUUAUAUAGUUUUUGCGCCUUAAAAGAUCGUUCAAUAGGGUCUGCUUUUACUUUACCUUUAAUCCUUGACGACGAAACUCGAAUGUGGCCACAAGAACAACACGAUAAUAUCAUUGAAGUCACUUAUGAUAGAAGUGCACCUUGCUGGUCUGUUUCUUUAUUUCCUGUUGUGAAAGAUACAUUAGAAUGGGUUCAUCAAGAGUUUUUUCGACAAUUUGACGUUUGGUAUGCUCGGUGUCAAGAAGCAGAGCAAUAUGGUACUGUUUAUACAAAAUUGCCUCCUAGUGCAGUUGAUAUCUAUAAAACUUAUCUUCGACAUAUUUUAAGAGAUAUGAUUGCAAGGGGUCGUCCACCACCAGUUAAUUCUGCUGCAUUUAAUCAUAGGCCUUAUUAAAGAAUUUUAUCGUAUACAUUUA